ACCAUUAAAGGGGAUCCCGGUGGCUAAGGCGCUGGUUCGCUAGCCUGGAGGUCGGGUGUUCGAUCCCUGCAUUGGCCGAGAAAGUUCAUCCCGAUUUUCCGGCGCGGUUCCCCUUGUCUGUGAUGCAGGACGGAGAAGUGGCCAGAGAAUUAACAAAGCAAUUGGACAAGCGAACGGGGCCACACGGAAUAGGAAGAUUUAGCUAUUUGCAAUCUUUGGUCACAGAAUAUCAAGAUACAUCAGAUGCAGAUGCAAAGAAACAAGUGUUAUCAAAUCUAGCCAAUUUUGCAUAUGAUCCAAUCAACUAUGAAUAUUUUAGAAAACUUAACAUACUUGACAUAUUUCUUGAUGCCUUAGAAGACACUGACGAAGAUUUAAUUCAGUUUGCUGUUGGUGGAAUUUGUAAUUCAUGUUUAGAUAAAGAGAAUAAAUGUUAUUUCUUAGAGAAUAAUGGUGUUCAGAUGAUAAUUAAAUAUUUAUCCAGUUCAAAUAAUGAAACAGUUUUGAUGGCAAUAACAACAUUGAUGUUUUUAGUUACUCCGCAAUCUAAACCAGAUAUAACCAGUUUGCCUGUUGUGGAAUGUAUGUUAAGAUUUUCUAAAUCUAAUAAUAAAAGACUUUGCAAUCUGGCUCGGGUCUUCCUGGAGGAUUAUUGUACCAAAGAAAAAAUUCAAGAUGCUGAAAAUUUCCAAAAACAGUUCUCUACAAAUCAGCGUGAUGGAUCACAAAAUUCUGUAACUUGAAGGAAUGUGCUGGAUGUGGUCUGGUAACAUGCACAAUUACCUGUGCCCAAGAUACAUGUAGUUGAAAGAUCGUCCAGAGACUGUGAGAGAAAAUAAUUAACCUAAGAACAAGUGUAGACACAAAACUGUCUUAAUUCUUAAAAGGGGGAUAAGCCAUCUUGCAGACAGACUGAUGAUACUAUAAGAUGAAAGUAUUUUGUUAUUCUACUCAUAAUAUGUCAUUCAGUCGCCAGCAGAGUUUUUUUUACUUGUGUGCUAACAAAUUUAACAUUAAAAUUUGUAUGUCAUAUAAGUUUCUACCAUAGUUAAAAAGAUAUAAAUACUAUAUAUACUGUAAAGACUGUCAUAUUUGAGGCUAAAAAACUGUGGAAAUAAUGACCUGAUUUGUAUAGAAUGAAUUAGUAGUAUAAACACAUGUAAAUUCGAUUGUAUGCAAAAUUUGAGACAAAUUUUGAGAUGUCUUCAUUUUCGACUAUACAAACUUUUCAGUGAUUUUUCAAGGAAUUUAAUGAAAGUUUAUUAAAUUUAAUUUUUGAAAGUUAUAUUAAUUUCCUUUGUGAAAGUCAUAAUGUCUCUUUAAGGCUAUAAGAUUAUUAUAUUCUAAAAUAUUUUUAUGUGACUAAAUUUAAUUUUUCUGGUUAGUUCAAUUAAUAGGGACAUUUGUUGUGCCUUUUACUGUAGAAACAAAAAAAGAAAAGUCUUAAUAGUAUAUUCUUAUAUUUUAUAUAAUACAUUAAAAUAUUACAAGCUGUUGCAUAUAAGCAUAUAGCUUAUUUAGUCAAUUAUCAUAUAAUGAUAUCAAUAAUUGCAUAUUAUAUAUUAUGUGAUACAUUCAUACUGUACAUAAUAACAUUUUUACUACAUUCUACUUGAUAUUUAGUGAAAUAAAAUUUAAUGAAAUGUAUAAAUAUA